CCUCUCGGCGCUUUGGCGUUAUCCCGGAAAUGGCUCCGAGCGCUCCUGGAGGGCGGAAGCGUAUCCCAAACGAAAAAGCCGAGAUGAAAAGUUAGGUGGCCGUCCCCUCCUCUCUCGCGGCCUGGAGGACCCGCCAGUUUCUCACCACUUCCGCCCUUCCCCCUUCUCAGGUUGGCUGAGCCGCCAGCAUUUAUGUGAGGGAAUAGGCGGGUAGGUCAGGUUUGCUUUUUUUGCAGCGAAGGCGAAAGACGACCUUGAAGCCCGGAACUCGCGCUACACUUGGAGCCAUGCUGAGGAGCUUCGCAGCGCGCCUCCGCGCGCUCGGGACUCUGCACCGAAAUCGGGCAGUUCAGCUCCAGCCAAGGUCAUUUUCUUCUGAAGAGUUCAUUUGGAAGGACCAUUCUCUUCCCAAACCUAGCUGGAGCAAGGACAUAAAGCUCCUCUUUGACAAAUUCAUGAAGAAAUGUGAAGACGGCUCCUGGGAACGUUUGCCUUCAUAUAACUCUUUGUUUCAUAAAAGGGUUCAAGAAGUCAAAACCUUCUUUCCUGACUCAAAGCUUGUGGAAGGAAAACAACAUCCACAGGGCCAGCUCUUCACCAGAAACUUUGAGGAUGGCCUAGGCUUUGAAUAUGUGAUGUUCCAAAAUGAGGAUGAGAAAAGAAUAGUUUGCUUGUUUCAAGGAGGCCCUCACCUGCAAGGAGCACCUGGAUUCCUCCACGGAGGUGCCAUUGCAACCAUGAUUGAUGCAACUCUUGGCAUGUGUGCAUCGGUAGCCGGGGGAGUUGUCAUGACUGCCAAUCUCAACAUCAAUUUUAAAAGACCUAUCCCCCUUUCUUCUGUUGUUGUGAUAAAUAGCCAGCUUGAUAAACUUGAGGGAAGGAAAGUUUUUGUUUCCUGUAAUGUUCAAAGUAUUGAUGAGAAGACCCUAUACUCAGAGGGAACAGGCUUAUUUGUAAAGUUGGAUCCUGAUAAGAAUUUGACACAAAAGAGCUGCUGUUGAAUUCCACACCAUUCCACUUAAGGCUCUCCCUCCUCCACGAGAAGCUGUUGUCCCCACUCCUGCUCUGCUCACCCACAGCUGAGUCCCCCAUAGGAAGAAGCCUACUAAUGCUGACCUUCCUGGACAGUCUUCUGAAUACAGCUCCUGGAGCUCAGUCUCCACCUUCUUUUUAACACAGAAACCCUCUCUGUGAAAGUAUCAGCAACUCUUUGUAUCUCCUUAGGAUGAGUGCAUGGUUCUCCUGAGAGUUCAGUGGACUCAUUAGGGUUGCACCAGCCUGAGAUCUGCUCCAUUGCAGACUGGAUAAAAAGUUCAUAGUGAAACUGUUACUACAAACUUGGAAAUGCUUGAAAACAAAGGAAGGAAUAAAUAUACGGGUGCAUGUGUAUGUGUGUGUGUGCAUUAUAAGCUAUAUAGCUUGUUUUGUUGUAUCUGUACAAAAAGAUCUUUUUGGCUAGAUUAGGAAACACAACUAAUUCCUAAAUGAAUGAAUAUCUCAAAUCUGUUGCCUCAGACUCUAGGGAUUAAAUCACUGACCAUUUUUAACAUAGCAACAACUUAUCAUCACUGGAAGGAGCUUUAGACAAGACUAACAAUGAAUUGGUAGACCAAUGUUCUGGAAAAUGCAUUCUGCUCCCAAAUGCAGAAAACAGAUUGUUUGGGCUUCAGUUUCUUGCCUUUCUUUUCCCUUAUUGGAAGUUUAGGUUGACUCAUGAAGUCACCAUUUUUUGAAGGUCAGAAAGAUCAAAUGUUGACAGUUUUCUCUGGCUUGAACUAAUAAGUUAAGGAUAGCCUUUGUCGUGGCUUACCCAGUUAUCUUUCCACAACCAAAAGAUCAGCUGGGAGUCCUCCAGAGCUAGAGCAGACUGACCCUGUGAUGGCCAAGCCCAAAGAAGACCCAAGUCCUGGAAGCUCUGUCUCUAGUGCCCACCUAUAUGUAGUCCCUGAGCUGCAAGCAAGGCCCCAACAGAAAGUGUACCGCAGAGGUGAGGAUGGCAGCUCCUUCUCUCUGAAAACAGAGCUUGGAAAAGUGCCCUGGAGGUGGCUGGGCUCACAGCUCUGCAGUCACCCUUUCUGGCAAGUCACUCUUACUUCCUAGUCUUCUCUCCAACUAAUCGUGAAACUGCAGAGACAGCAAAUUCUUAUGACAGCUUUAUCUCACAGCUUGCUUUUCAUGGAAACUAGGCAUGUAAAAAAAAAAACAUGAUGCAAAAGAAAUGAGCCAGCUCUGCUGUCCAGUUUCAUUUAACUAGUAAAAGGAAGUUCAGACAGAAAAGGUACUUUCAUCAUUUAUCUGAACAGGUUUGCAAAACUGCUAAAUGCACCAGGCCUUCACCCGAAGCAAAAGAACCUAACUGAAAGAUUGCUAAAUGACCAAUUUUUCUUUCUUUUAAGUAUGCUCAUAUCUCAAUUCUCAUACUGAUUUGAUUAUGCCCAAGGUACAUUGCAACGUAUGAGUGGGACUUUCUGCACAAGAUCAACUAAGGUAAAGCUCAGUAGCUGUUAACACAGUUUUCCCAUAGCCAGUGAAUGGAAGAUGGUUUCCCUGCUUUGCAGCAGACUGUAUUCCUAGGCUUGGCCAAGCCUUUUGUCUUCCUUGCCUUCAUCAGGUUGUAUUUUGAUAAACAGGUAAGAUUAGAAAAAGGUAGGUGGUCAGAAAGAAGGAGGGAGGUGUGAUCAGAAUUAUCACCAGCUCUACCCCAUCACUGGCAGGCUAUAACCCAAUGGAGCCAUUCCUCAUUGCCCAUUUCCCCCUCUGUACAAUGCGUGGCAAAUAACAUUUUGAGUGAAGGUUAGAAGCUGAUGCUGGUCAGUGUCAAAAUAUCUUUGAACUAUUUAGUCAAUGAUUAGGAGUUUUUGUUCCUACCCUCAGGUUUAUAAAUGUCUGAGAAGCACAAUAGAAAGAUAGCCAUGGUACAGAAAUACAUUGUUGGAGGAAUAAAAAAUAAUGUAAAAUAAGAUCAGGUAUUUUUUCUCUAAAGGAAGAUAAAAUGAAACGUUUAAGGAAACUAAGAAAAACCUUUUGUUCUCUAGUAAGAAGCUUAAGUCCUACAUGUUCCUUUGUUCCCAAUCCCAUUACCUUCUUGGGACCUUUGAUCUUCCCUCUGUCCCAUGGAAUUGUGAGGCCAAAUUAUUGUUCUGCCCAAUAACCAGCCAUCAUGGAACCCCAGCCAAAAUAUAUUUCUCAGUGCCAAAUAUACAAUAUUCUCUAUGGUGAAGGCAGCAAGGCUCUCUUUCAAAUUUAAACCACUAAAAGUUACAAAUUUUGUUUCAGAAAGGUAAAUAAAAUUUAUUUUGAUAGUAUUCUUGGUCUGGCAUUACUAUGACCUGUUCAGAAUUAUAGAAUUUGUUUAUUCCUCAUCUUAAUUGUGGAUUUAAAAUUAAGUGAGCUGAAAAAUUACAUGAAUCUUGGAUUUGUGAUAAGUAUUUAUUUUGUAGGUCUUGUUUAUUUUAUUGCUUAGAAGAAAUUAAAAUUGCCCAAGCAAGAGACCUUAAAAAAGUUUCAUUUUCUUCCAUUCCUGCCUUCUCUGCCAGGUUCUUCCUACGCCACAUCCAUUCCCUGCCUCUGUGCCCGUUUCUAGCAGAACUUUUUCAAACUCAUCCCACACAUCUUUAACUCAAAAACCUUCAGUAAAAUGACAUGACUCUUAUCUAAUUGUCUAAUUAGCUAAUAUCAAACACAAAAGUCUCCCCACUGACGUCAAACCUUAAACUCUUAAUAAAACUUAAGCCCUUUCCCUGAAGGAAAGGAAAUGAGGAA